UUACAGUGAACUUUACUUGAGUUUUUACUUGAACGAUUCAAAUUCUGAGUUUCAAAACGAGUGAUAUUGCGGGUAACAGCAGUGCUACACUUGGACCAUUGCACCAUUAUGUAAGCGCCCAAUCUAUCCAAUCCUAAGCCCCCUUCUUGUUCUGUCGUAGACCACUCCUAGGAAUGGAGUUAUCGAACCUCGCCGUCCCGUCCGUCUACGUAUUGAUAUUCUUCCUGGCGUAUACCUCGCAAUGGCUUCUCAAAGACCUGGAACCGGCUCCCCCCACGGAAGGCGAAUACAUUCGCUUCAAUAUUCUACUCAUCUGCCUCCUCAUCUCCUAUACACGCUCCGUUUUUGUAGAUCCAGGCCAUAUUCCCACUAUGCAUGAGCACGAGAAAGGACCAGCGAAUGAUGUCUCCGACAAUUUUCCAUCCCAAUCCCGACCAGAUAACACGAACGGUCACCGAAAAUGGUGCCGUAAGUGCAAUCUUCCCAAGCCGCCUCGAGCUCACCACUGCCGCACCUGCGGACGCUGCAUCCCGAAAAUGGAUCAUCACUGCCCAUGGACGGCCAACUGCGUCUCACAUACCACAUUUCCCCAUUUUCUCCGCUUCCUCUUCUACGCCGUUGCGUCCCUUGCCUACCUGGCAUCGCUGCUCUGGCCACCCAUCGCGCAUCUCUGGCACAAUCGGAACAUGCCUAGCUACCUGGGACCCAGUAUGCUUCAGCUGGUUCACCUGUUUGCCCUUUGCGUAGGGGACUUUGUGAUGUUAUUUGCGUUGGGCAUCUUGCUAGUAAGGAAUAUCUGGUCGCUGGCAGUCAAUACGACGACCAUCGAAGGUUGGGAAAUCGAACGACAUGCGACGCUAGUGAGGCGGGCCAGGUACUUUGGCGGCUGGUUGGAGGGGCCUGGUGGUGUGCAGGUCAGGAUUGAAAAGCAGGAGUUCCCGUACGAUGUGGGUAUUUGGACGAAUUGUAAGGAGGGGAUGGGGACUGGGAACGUGAGUGCUAUUUCCCUUUCCAUCAUCCAGUCUUCAGAAAAGGGAUAUAUGCCUCUUCCAUACCCAGUGGCGCAUUGCUGUCACAUGGUAUCACGGCCGAGUCUCCCAAGACGUCCCAGUCUUACAUUUCGUUAAGGUAUUAGCCUGGUUCUGGCCAUUGGCUCCUACGCCCCGUAUCAGUACCGGCCUUUCCUACCCUACCAACGGCUUUUCCGAUCUCCCUUGGCCGCCCCCGGACCCAGAUCGCCUACAGCGUACCUGGCAGAAGCCGCAAUCAGAUGGCUCCACUCUGCUUGAUGCCGAUCUCAGUUCCGCAGAAACUGUUGCUGCGUUCAAGAAACGUCAAGAAGAAGAUUUCGCUCGAAGAAAAGGAGGCAGUGGAGUUGUUCGUCGGAAGCCAUUCGUUCAGCGCGUGGAGGGUGCUCAGCAGAGAAUGAGACAGCAGA